AUGGAUCAGAGUCUUAAGCGUACUAGAGACGAAACAACUGACAUAUACCUCGGCGAAAGCCAACCCAAAUUCGCCCGAAGGGUGAUUGGGACCCACAACGCCGUUUUCCACUGCGAUGAAGUCUUGGCAAUUGCAAUGCUCAAACAACUACCAGAGUACAAAAGCGCAGACAUUAUUCGCACCCGGGAUGACAGAUAG